CAUAGCGACUGGGCCUCCGGACCGCGGAUCCUCGCUGCCUUGUCAACAUCUUUGAGCGUCGGCAGCUCCGGAGGCAGUGGUAACUGGCGGAAAACAGAUUGUGGAUGAGCACAAAGAAACCCCAGACCGACAGACCUGUCAGGAUACUGCCGAAACUAGCAGGUAGGAAACUAUGUGAAAGAAUCUUCUGAUGUCACAAUUUCUGGGUGUUACUGGAACAUUUGAUCAUCAUUCCUUUGGCAGUUCCAGCCUUCCCUGGAAGGUCAGUAGAAGCAAUUGAUUUAUUCACCUCUACAGGAAUCAGACUGGGCCUAUUUCGGUUUUCAGUGAAUUAUGCCUUUUCGGUUUGGGACUCAGCCAAGGAGGUUUCCAGUGGAAGGGGGAGAUUCUUCAGUUGGGCUGGAGCCUGGACUGAGCUCCAGUGCUGCCUGUAAUGGGAAAGAGAUGUCACCAACCAGGCAACUCCGAAGAUGCCCUGGAAGUCAUUGCCUGACCAUAACCGAUGUUCCCAUCACUGUCUAUGCAACAAUGAGAAAGCCACCUGCACAAAGCAGCAAGGACAUGCAUCCCAAAUAGCACCAUUAAGUCUCUUGUAGAGGUCUGACUAGGUCAAGGGUAAUGGGCCAGUAUCAUCUUAUGAUCUGGUAAACAAAUAAAGGCGGUGGCACCUUUGGAUGA